UUAGUUGACAUUUGACAGCAAAAAGUGUACUAAAAUGAUUUCGAUUUUUUAAUAUUUACCCUGUUUUUAUUUGAAUUUGAAAUAAAUUAUCAUUAAUUUAUAAUUUUGUUUUUAAAAAAAAUACUAAAUGGGUAUAAAAUUUAAUUAUUUUCAUUUAUAUACGUGCAAUAUCACACGUUUAUCAACCGAAUAAACAUGGAUUGUAGAUUUUAAUUAAUAACAAUGUUCAAUCUUCUUAAUGGUAUAUUAUCCUCUUCCGGCUCUGGUUACAUACCAGAAAUGGAGCAGAGGAUCAGUCAAUUGGAGAGGGGUACUUUGAUAACAAAAUAUUCCUGGAGGAAAAAACCGGAACGUAAAACUUUAGCUAUAAGAAGAGAAACUAAACAAUUAAUUUGGAUGAGACCAGCGAGUACUUCGAAACCAGCAAUAGACGGCGCGGUUAAUCUGAUCGAAGUAAAAGAAAUAAGAGCCGGAACGGGAUCAAAAGAUUUCGAAAAAUGGCCUGACGAAGCAAAUAAAGUACAGAGUAAAAGUUUUGUUGUGUAUUACGGCAUGGAAUUUAAAUUAAGAGUAUUGAGCGUUGCUGCUUUUUCGGAAGCGGAAUGUGCCCUUUGGAUCACGGGAUUGAAAUAUUUAGUGGAAGAUACAAUAAAAGCUCCUUAUCCGCUACAAAUACAAAAUUGGUUAAGGAGGGAGUUUUAUUUAAUGGAAUCUCUAAGGGAAACUGUAACUUUGAAAGAUCUGAAAUCGUUUUUUCCUAAAAAAAUGCCAAAUAAAUUGAGGGAGUUGUUCUGUGAGGUAGAUACGAGAAGAAGAGGCGAAAUUUGCUUCGACGAUUUCGCUAAUUUAUAUCAAAAAUUAAUUUUGGAAGAAGGGACGGCGAAUGAAAUAUUCGAUAAAUUAUCGGAAUAUUCGUCGAAUUUGAAAACCGUAAGUCUUCAAGAAAUGGUAAGUUUUUUCAUAAACGAACAAGAAGACGUGCUGGGUAACGACGACAGGGCCGUUAGUCAAUUCAUAUGCGAUUUUUUAAGAGAUCCUCAACGAGAAGUACACGAACCGUUCCUAACCAUCCCUGAAUUUGUGGAUUAUUUAUUUUCGAAACAGAACGAUCUAUGGGAUCCGAAAAAUAACUCAGUGUAUCAAUUAAUGACAAAACCGUUAUCCCAUUAUUGGAUUUCGUCGUCUCAUAACACUUAUCUAACGGGUGAUCAAUGGUCUAGUGAAUCUUCGGUGGAGGCUUAUGUGCGUUGUUUGAGGAUGGGGUGUAGGUGUAUCGAGUUGGAUUGCUGGGACGGUCCGGACGGUUAUCCUUUCAUUUAUCACGGUCAUACUUUAACGACUAAAAUUAAAUUUAUAGACGUUAUUAAAAUUAUUAAGGAACAUGCUUUUGCUAUUUCCGAUUAUCCUGUUAUUUUAUCCAUUGAGGAUAAUUGUACUUUGCCCCAACAAAAGAAGAUGGCGUCCGCUUUGCAGGAAGUUUUCGGCGAUAUGCUCCUAACAAAACCCAUCGAAAGCCUCGAAUCGAAACUACCGUCUCCGUACGCGCUCCGCAAAAAAAUAAUCCUAAAACACAAAAAAUUACCGGACGGUCAAGAGGAAAGUUCAUUUUUAUUUCGCAACGACUCCAACGACAUGGACCUAAGAAAUUCCAUAAAAAGCGGCACGAUGUAUUUGAAAGAUUGCGUCGACAAGGAAUGGAAUCCGCAUUUUUUCGUGCUGACCCAAAACAAACUCUACUAUUUGGACAACCACAAAUUCACCGAAUCGGAAAAAUCCGAAGACGAAGACGACAACAACGGCGCGUUCCAAAGACCGAAGGGCAACGUACCUAACGAGGAAUUGCAUUACAGCGAAAAAUGGUUCCACGGCAAAUUGGAGAAGGGCCGAUUGGAGGCCGAGCAAUUAUUGAAGACCUAUUCGCAUUUGGGGGACGGGACGUUUUUGGUGCGGGCGAGCGUCACGUUUCCCGGUGAAUUUUGCCUUUCGUUUUGGCGGGACGACAAAGUGAAUCAUUGCAGGAUAUUUUCCAAACAGGAUAAACAACAGACGAAAUAUUAUUUAAUCAAAGCCAAAUAUUUCGAUAGCUUGUAUUCGUUGAUAACGCAUUAUCGGACGUGUCCAUUGGUUACCGCGGAAUUUUCGAUAACGUUGCAGGAACCGGUACCGCAACCGAAUUUACACGAAAACGAAGAGUGGUACCACAAGAAUACGGGAAAGAAUCAGGCCGAGGAGAUAUUGAGGCGGAAUAAGACCGAAGGGGCGUUUUUGGUUAGACCCAGCGAAAACGAUACCAGUUGUUAUACUAUUAGUUUUAGGGCCGAUAAAAAAAUAAAACAUUGUCGAGUGAAAUUAGAGGGAAGAUUAUACACAAUAGGUAACGUCGAAUUCGAAAGUUUGGUAUCCCUGAUAAAUUAUUAUAAAAGACACCCCCUGUACAGGAAGGUGAAAUUAAACGAUGCAAUUAGCGAAGAAAUGGUUAGACGAAUGACAUUGGAACAAAAUUAUACGAGUCCGUACGCGGCUCCGUCUUACAUGGACCCGAAUUCCAUCAAUACCAACGUAACAGUCAAAGCAAUAUUCGAUUAUAUGCGUCAACGAGACGACGAACUGAGUUUCUGCAAACACGCGAUUAUCACCAACGUCAACAAAAAUACAAACAUGGACGAAUGGUGGAAAGGCGAUUACGGCGGAUUGAAACAACUCUAUUUCCCGAAAAAUUACGUCAAGGAAAUCGAUCGCUCGGAAACGCAGGAAUCAGACGAAACGUCCGGCGAAUCGGCGUUGCAGGGCACCCUCGAUAUGAACGGAGUGUUCGCGAGCUACGCGAGAAACCCCGGACAACCCAUCGAAUGGGUGAUCAAGAUAAGCUCGCCGACGGCGGGUCCGCCCCUGGAGUGCGGCGUCCAAACGGAGGAAACGGCCCGCGAGUGGUGUACGGCGAUACAAUUGGCGUCGCAAAUGGCCCGCGAUUGGUGUACGGCGAUACAAUCAGCGUCGCAAACGAUGUCUCCGAUAAAAUCGUCGCACAGCGACGCCGAGCGCACCUUCAAAAUCGCCAAGGAAAUGUCGAAUCUGAUAAUUUAUUGCCAAGCGACGACUUUCAACGCCGAAAGGACCAAACAACAGGGUUUCGUCUUCUACGAGAUGUCCUCCUUUCCGGAAACCAAAGCCGAAAAAUUGAUGUGCCAACAGAUGAAAAAGUUUUUCCUCGAAUAUCACCAACAGCAAUUUUCCAGGGUUUAUCCGAAAGGGCAAAGGAUCGAUUCUUCGAAUUACAAUCCGAUAAAUAUAUGGAAUUGCGGAUCGCAAAUGGUCGCAUUGAAUUUUCAAACUGGCGAUAAACCGAUGCAAUUGAACCAAGCGAAAUUUAGGGAUAACGGCAAUUGCGGUUAUCUGUUAAAACCGGAAUUUAUGUUUCACGACGAAUUCGAUCCGUACGAUAAAAAUAGUUUAGUCGGCGUCGAACCCUUGAAAAUAUCUAUCAGACUUAUCGCCGGACGACACCUUUGCAGGUUAAAAAAGGGAACGGCGACGCCGUUCGUUGAAAUCGAAGUAGUCGGAGCCGUAUACGAUUCCGGCGUUAAAUUAGUAUCCAAACAUAUCGUCGAUAACGGUUUAAAUCCAAAAUGGAACGCCGAAAUAUGCGAAUUCAUCGUAAUCAAUCCACAUUUUGCCAUGUUGAGAUUUCUCGUACAAGAAGAAGACGUUUUCGGCGAACCUAACUUCAUCGGACAAGCCACUUAUCCUGUUAAUUGUAUGAGAACCGGAUACAGAAGCGUUUGGUUGAAAAACGCUUACAGCGAAGAUUUGGAACUUUCUUCUUUAUUAAUACAUAUCAGUAUAAAAACCGCCUCCACUAGUUAAUUCGUCAUCUAAAAUAUGAUACAACGUUGAUAUAUCACGUGCAAUUCAGUUUUGCCACCUUGAAAACGGUCUAAACAAAAAUAGUAUACUUGACAACACUGUAAUUGGUGAAAUAAUAACAGUUACUUCGUUUACGCCCCCGUAUACAAAAAUUACUUUUAAGUUUCAAAUAUCCAAUUAAAUUAUACCUAAUAUAAAAAUAUUACGAAAAUUUUGUAGGAAUUAGCAAAUUAGGUAUAUUUAAAUCACGCCCGGUAUAUUUACGUUCGUUUUUAAGAUAAGACUCAAAAACUUUUUACUUUAAGCCCAAAUAUAAAAGAGAUCUGCAUUUUAUUUAUUAUUCAUAGUGUUCUGUGAAAAUAAACUGUUAUUUUUAUAAACCACCACCUCUACAUUUACAGAAAGUCAAGUCAAUUUUAUUUCUGUCCGGCGCGUCAGUUACUGUUUAUUAAUAACCACCUCUAUACAAGUACAAAUUGAAGAAUAGAGAGGUGGACGAUUGAAAAUUUCAGUUUAGUUCCGUGCGACAGUUUCUUUUUAUCAACAGCCAUCUCUACAUAAAUCCAAUUUAAAUAAUAGAGGUGGGUAAAUACAAAAAAAAUUAUUUCUAUAAAGCGACCACCUCUAUAUUUAAAGAAACUGAUUAAUAGAGUUGGAAAAGUGAAUAUUUUUAUUCAGUUUCGUGCAACAGUUACUUUUUCAGCCACCUCUAUAUAGGUACAUAUCAAAUAAAAGAGGUGGACGAAUGAUUAUUUUAAUUCAGUUCCAUGCGUCGGUUAAUUUUUAAACUAUUUCAUCUCUAUACAUACACAAAUUGAAUAAUAGAGGUGGGCACAUACAAAUAACUUUUCAUUGUGAUUUUACAUUUUUUUUGAACGAAUCUCCGAGCUACUUCAAAAAUUUACAGUCAAAUUAUUUUCCUAUACCAAAUGUGAUACAAAGUAGCCUUAAAGUAGUGGGUCUAAAAUGCGCAUUAGUAUUUGAAUUUCAUAGUGCUUGGCUUUUCCGAUAGCCAUUUUAGUCAAUUAGUAGUCAUUUUUGUAAAUUGAUCAGUUCUUCAAUUUCUGAAUCAAGUUUUCAUCUUUCGAAUGGAAUUUCCAAAUUCUACAGCUGAUUUUAUGUGAAUACAUUAUUAUGUAACUAAAUUUAUUUAUAGAUAAUAAAAAUUUUAACACGUUUACUGCCGGACGUUCCAACUUUGAUUCCAAAAACUAUUUAUCUGGCCAUUUAUACACCACCUGAUUUAAAUCUAUGUAUUCUAUCCAUACAUGCAUUCAAAUAAGUCAAAAAUGGUUUUGUGGUAAAAUAAGUCAAAAAUGGUUUUGUGGUAGAUAUUUUUUUUUUUUUUCGAAAAAACCAAUUUUUUUCUUGUAAAACCAUCCCAGGUAGCAACUAUUUGAAAAUAAAACCCUUUGAAUCUCCCAAAACUAAAUGUUUCGUUUUUUAUUAUUUCAAUUAUUCAAAAAGGUUUUUUUAUAUGUGUUAUAGCACUUCAGGGAACGUGUUAAAUAUAAAUUUUUAAUUUCUGAAAUAAAUUUACAAAAUUUCGAUAAAUUUGAGGAUUUUAUAAAAUUCGAAUCUUCAUUUUGACAUAAUAACAUCCGAAAAGUGCCAAAAGUAUCAAAAUUCGUUUAUUGUAAACAAAAAGGCAAAUAAACUUGUCGUUUUUUUACUUUUAAAACUUCUAAUUCAUUAAAAUUUGUUAUAGCACGUCAGUUAACGUGUCAUUUGUUAUUUCUGUUAUAAAUUUGGAGAAAUAACACAAAAUUUUGAAAAGGGAGUAUAGUAUAUAAAUUAAUCGAAUUUGAGGAUUUUAUAAAAUUUGAAACUUUUUAUUCAUAUACAAACAUCUAAAAAGUACCUAAAGUAUCAAAAUUCAUUUAUUGAUCAUAAAAAGGCGAAUAAAGUUGUUGUAUUUUUACUUUUAAAACUUUUUAUGCAUUAAAAUUGUUACUGCAGUCAAUUAACUUGUUAAAUAUGGAAUUUUUUAAUUCUAUAAGAAAUCUAGCAAAUUAUCAAAAGAUUUUGAUGGUUUUGUACAAUUUAAAAUUUUAUUUUCAUAUAAAAGCAUACGAAAAGUGCCAAAACUAACGAAAUUUAUUUAUUAAUCACAAAAAAGCAAAUAAAGUUGUUGUUUUUCCACUAAUAAGUGAAUAUACCACUGAAUGUUGUCUUACAUAUUAAUUUAACUUGUUAUUUAAAUUUUUUUUAAUUUAAAAUACAAUUGCAUGUCAAUUAUGAUAAAAAAAACUUUUCUUCAUAUCCAAUGCAGCAAAUGGCUUUUAUAUUUUCAUAAUUUAUUCAAAUAUACUGUAGAACUGAAUCAAUUAUCGAUGUUAUCUUUAUUUUUGAGACUACUGUAUUUAUAAUUAAAAAAAAAACAUAGGAAACCAUUAAAUAUUUAUUUAA